AUGUCUACCCCCAAAAUCACAGCUGAGGACCUUCCCCGUCUCCUCGCUGACGAUAUCAAGGUUAAAGUCGCCGGCAUUGACUGCGAUGGUAUCCUCCGUGGCAAGGUCAUGUCGAAGGAGAAAUUCCUGGGGAUAGUGCAGAAAGGAUUUGGAUUCAGUUCUGCCGUCUUUGGCUGGGAUAUGCAGGAUGUCCUCUACACUACCGAUGCCAAAAUUGCACCUCCGGAAUCAGGCUACGUGGACUUUAUUGCUGUCCCUGACCUGAAUUCCUUCCGCAGGAUUCCUUGGGAGGAUCACAUCCCAUUCUUCCUCGUUCGCUUUGUACAGAAUGGCCAACCCGUGUGCGCGGAUGGUCGCAGCAUGCUCCAGGCUCUUUGCGAUAAGCUGGCGGCCUCAAAUUGCCAGGCGAUGGCUGGUGUGGAACUUGAAUUCAUGAAUUUCCAAACCCCCUCUCAAGACGGAUACGGGCCUACUGGCUCCCCCACACUCGAUUUGGCUGCCUUCCUCGAGAGCAACGCGCCGGGCGCUUUGCGUCCUAUCACCGGAGGUAGCUUCUCGUACAGUGCGACACGAACCGUGCCGUAUAAAAAAUACUUUUACGAUAUCUUCAACACAUGCGCGGAGUUCAAUUGCGACAUUGAGGGGUGGCACACUGAGGGUGGACCAGGAGUAUACGAAGCGGCCCUCAAAGUAUCUCAUGUGAGUGAGAUGGCAGACAAAGUAGCCCUUUUCAAGCUUCUGGCCAAAUCAAUCGGAAUUGAACAUGGCAUCACCCCGUGUUUCAUGGCGAAGCCAAUGCAAGGCCAACCUGGCAGCUCUGGCCACAUCCAUAUUUCGCUUUGCGAUCUGGAAGGGAAAAACCUCUUUGCUCGCGAAUCCGAAGAUUCCAACGCCCAAUGGCCGGAUGCAGCUGGACUGUCGGACCUGGGCCGACACUUUCUCGCUGGACUUCUCGAGGCCCUGCCGGACAUCAUGCCCCUCUUUGCCCCUACCAUUAACUCAUACAAGCGGCUGGUCGAGAACUUCUGGGCUCCGGUCAAUAUCAGCUGGGGACUGGAAGACCGCAUGGCGUCCAUCCGGAUCAUUACCCCACCCGUUUGCAAGCCGGGAGCGACGCGGUUUGAAGUGCGCAUUCCGGGGGCGGACCUGCAUCCUCACUACGCGCUGAGCGUUCUCCUCGCUGCUGGAUGGCGAGGGGUGGAGAAGAAACGGGAGAUCACGGUGCCGCCUCUGUCGGCUCUUAAAGCCGGGGACCAACGACCCACGUUGCUGCCGAACACGCUCGAGGAUGCAUCGAGACGAUUCAGCGCGCGCGAGAGUCUCGCCCGGGAGAUCCUCGACCCCGAAUUCGUCGACUUUUUUACGGCCACUCGAGAACACGAGCUGCGUGUGUGGCGAGAAGCCGUGACGGACUGGGAAUUCAAACGAUAUAUCGAAACCGUAUAGUUGGAAUCUGUCACAGGAACUAUUAUCUGCACAGCCUUUCUUCUCAUAAUUUAGGCUAGUAGCAGAAGAUCUGUGAUAAUUAGAUUGAACGACUAUAUACCAUACUAUACACUAACCACUACGCUAUAAAAUCAUGGCUAUCUAGUGAGUUCAUGUAUACUACUCAACAUCAUAUGACCACUAUAUCUAGAUACAUACCUAAGAUAUACAUUCCGAGGGACAAGACUGUCACAGGCAAUCAUUCGAACUCAGCAGAUCCAGUUAAAAGAGAGCUGAAGAUUCCUAUGCUAUAGCCAGUUGGAAUCCAAGACAGC